AUGGAAAACGAUAGUACUAAUCUGAAUAAUGCUGUUUUCAGUGGUUUUGCGGGUGGAUAUGAUUCAGUUCCUGGUGUAGGAAAUUUUCCUCCAGCAGGUAUUCCUUUGCCGAAUAUUGACUCAAAUGGUAAUUACCGAAUAGGAGCCAAUUUACCUCAUGUUGAUCCGACUCAUUUUCGAGGUAUAGUUCAUUGGGGUCCCGAGCAAAUUUUGUCAAGCUCACAAGUCGAAAUAAUUCCAAUCGUUCAAUCAGUAAAAGAUCAAACUGGUUCUCGUUAA